AUCAGCUGCCCUUUGUUUGGUUAAAACAGUUUAGCUCCUAAAGGAAACAGGGUAACUUGUUGGUUAUAGUGCUAUACGUUAGUCUGAGACAAGAAAGACAACCAUGAUUAACUACUACAGCGGUGUUGUUGUUUACACACAUAAGCAGAGUUAAAUAUAUGUCGUAACUUGGCUUAUAUGUGUGCAUGAAAUGAAUGGCACUCAGGGGUUUGAGUAUUUAAGACACGGUGUUAACGGUCUGUAAUUAGUGAACGUGAGCAUUGCUAAGUAUUGUGUUCGCUAGGUUCGGUGAUAGCUCGCUAUGUUACACAGUCGAUGCUGGAUAGACACCAGUGGAGGUUUACUCAAGGUAUUUAUUGGAUAUUGAAAGGACCCUUCACACUCCUAUUAUAUUAUCACAUGCGGAGGUAAAUCAUGGGCAAAUGCUCUCAUACAGAAGCGGAAUUUUGCAUGAACUCAUAUUCUUUAGUUGAUUCAUUACAGAUGAUAUGUUGUUUAUUUCUUUAUAUGAAUUAGGUUGACUUUUUUUGCUGUGUACAACGUUUACAUUUGAUAGAAAAUAUGUAAAAGGACAUGAUUGGGUUAAUUACAUGCCGGGCCAGUUGUUAGAAGUAUUUUUUUUAAAGGUAAUUAAGGACUGUUUGUACUGCUUGAACUAUUCACAUGUUAUGCACACAACAAAUACUGCAAGAACAAUGCCACACAGUAAUUAUGAGCCGAGAGAGGGUAUUUCAUUGAACUGCCAUUUUACAGUUUCACUUUCCUGAGUUUUUCCAAACCCAGAUUAAAGCCUAUACUUCUUAUUACAUCUGCGAUAUAUAUAUAUAUAUAUACACUACCGUUCAAAAGUUUGGGGUCACUUAGAAAUGUCAUUAUUUUUCAAAGAAAAGCACUGUUUUUUCAAUAAAGAUAACAUUAAUCAAAAAUACACACUAUACAUUGUUAAUGUGGUAAAUGACUCUUCUAGGUGGAAACGUCUGGUUUCUAAUGAAAUAUCUCCAGAGGUGUAUAGAGGCCCAUUUCCACCAACUAUCACUCCAGUGUUCUACUGGUACAUUGUGUUUGCUAAUCGCCUUAGAAGACUAAUGUCUGAUUAGAAAACCCUUGUGCAAUUAUGUUAGCACAGCUGAAAACAGUUAUGCUGGUGAUAUAAGCUAUACAACUGGCCUUCCUUUGAGCUUGAAGUUUGAAGAACAAAAUUAAUACUUCAAAUAUUAAUCAUUAUUUCUAACCUUGUCAAUGUCUUGACUAUAUUUUCUAUUCAAUUUUCAAUUCAUUUGAUAAAUACAAGUGAGUUUUCAUGGAAGACACGAAAUUGUCUGGAUGACCCCAAACUUUUGAACGGUAGUGUAUAUAUAUAUAUAUACACACACACACACACACACACACACACACACUUUACAGCAGUGCAGUUGGCUGUAUUCUCACUGAAAUAACUUUUAUUACAUAUAACAUUUCAUUUUGCUGACAUUUUUAAUCCAAAGCGAUUUACAAUCAUGUUACAUUCAUACACCGUAGCUACAGGAAGCAAUUCAGGGUUAAGUGUCUUGCUCAAGAACACAUCGAAUAGGGGCGGAGAUUGAACCGCCAAUCCCCUGAUUGAAAGACCAACCUGGUAACCAGUUCCACUGACCCACAGUCGCUCCUUUUAUGAUGCUACAGUAAUUGUCCUACUUCUGCUUAAUGAAGUUUUUGGGCUAACAUUAAAAACUCAAUACAUGGGUUUUUAUGUCGACAGUUUGAAUUACUGAAUUGAAUCACAUACUUCAUUACAUUUGACCUUUUUGUGUUUCAGUUUUUGAUCUCACACGCAGGUCAAACUAGAUGGCCCAGCUGGAAACCGUUGGGACCACACGGUAAUACACCUGUAGGUGUAAGUCUGUCUGCAAUGGCCAGUCACUUCCGUAGCUACAUCUGGGACCCGGUCCUCAUUGUGAGUCAGAUUGUGUUGAUGCAGUGCAUCUACUACAGCUUCUUGGGCCUUUGGUUAGCUGGAGUGGACAGUCUGGUGCAAACUAGUCGGUCACUGGACCAGAUCUUCAGCUAUGAAGUCCUUGGUUUUGCAACGAUGCAGGGCAGGCUCUCAAUGAUGGCAUUCAUCUUGAACUCUCUUACAUGCGCCCUCGGUCUGUGGUUCUUCAUCCGUCGGGGGAAACAGUGCCUGGACUUCACAGUCACUGUGCACUUCUUCCAUAUGAUUGGCUGCUGGAUCUAUAACGCUCAUCUUCCAUCUGCCCUGUCCUGGUGGCUCGUCAAUGUAGCCUGCAUGGCGUUGAUGGCUGUAAUCGGAGAGUACUUGUGCAUGCGGACUGAGCUCAGGGCUAUUCCAGUCAAUAGUGGACCUAAAUCUAACCUGUGAAAUUUUGUCGAUGCCAUGUUGAAAAUCUGUGGACGGUUAACUCCUGAGGAACUCUGGGAGAAGGGUUUUUCCACUGCUUCCAAAAGAAAAGGAGCGUGAACCUCUAUCAGCGUAGAUGUUGGAUUGUCAUCCAUCUUCUCCAAGUGAUAGACCAGAUGAACUGAUCUAUUUCAGAACUGACACUAAAUGUUGGACAGUGUUAGCUCUGGAGCAAAAGAUACAUGCUUUAAUGCUUAUAAAAGCAGAUGUCAAUUUACACCGUUCUCGGAACCUAAUGACUACAUUUUAUUUUAAGUAAUUGCACUUUUGUGUUUAUUUUAAUUACGCCAGGAUGGACAUCUCAUUUCCUCAUUUUAAGAUUUACAAUAUUUCUUGCUGAUGUGUGCACAUCUUCAGAUGAUGAAUUGAAACGUCAGAAAAAUGCAAGAAUUAUUUUCUUCCUUUUCUUUGUGUUGAUAUUGCGACAAGCUGGCCGGACUGACAAGAAAAACAUGAUGAUAUUUUGGUUUUAAAAUUCAAAUGUUAUAGUCACUGCACUUUAGAAAUGUCAAUGUGCAAGUUACCUAUUGAGAUUUUAUCAUGUUUUCUUUCAGCUGCAUCUUUGAAGUUACAUGUUGGGGUUCCGUGUUCAAACAGACAUGCUAAAGUUGUAUGACACGGUAAUCAAUCAGUGUAAAUCCAAAUGUAGGAAAACGUUUUCUGCUUCAAAAUCUCAAGACAUUAUGUUAGUCAGAAGUAUCAAAUCAGGCUUUUUUUUAUGUUCUCAAUUGAUUUAGCACACAAUGCUCAGUUUCUGCUUUGUCAUUCUACAUUGUAUUACACAGCUUGCGUUGUUUGUCUCCAUCUCUAUGUCAUGAUUUAUCAUGCGGUCAUGGGGGCCACUUUGGGGACACUUUGUCAGCCACCAGCUGCGUUCUGACAGCAGACUGUCUGUGUUUCUGUGGGGGAUGUGAUAUGAUAAGUACUGAAAUGUGCAGCACAAAUGGUUUCUGGAACACUUCUCAAUUUACGAUGGCUUUUAAAACACUGUCUCAAUUGAAUGCAGAUUAUUAGAUUACCUUGUCCUGUAGCCUAUACUGCGAUAUAUUUAUAUUUUGCGUGGUGAAUGUCGGAUCAAAUCUCUGCAUAUUUGAUUGUGGACAUUUGUGUCACAUAUUGAUAUUUAAAAGCUGUACAAGAGUUGGA